AUGGCGACAGCCAAAAUAUUAACAUUUACAUCUAAAAACUAUGAAUAUGAUUGUACUCGGAAAUGUCGUCAUGUUGAGCAUGGAAAUAAAAUAACUGCAGCAUUGACCAAACGUUCAAUUGACGACGAACACCUUGGAGCUUACAUUGCAAAAACUUGCGCUAACUACACGGAUAUAGUGGAUGAUCUGGGACGAUCUGCAGUGCACUUGGCUGCAUCCGUUAAUCGUUAUGCCAUACUCGAGUGGUUGCUUAAUCAUGGGGCCAUUAUAAACAGUCGUGAUUUUGAAUCUGGAAGUAGUGCACUACAUCGUGCCAUCUAUUACGGCUGCAUUGAUUGUGCCGUACUUCUGUUGCGCUAUGGUGCCAAUCCAGAGCUUUUAGAUGAUGACACUCGUUGUGCUUUACAAAAUGUUUGUCGGCCCCGUGAUUUUCCAAUAUUUGCAUCUGUCCCAAGCAGUAACGAAAUUUUAGUUUGGGGUACAAAUAAAAAUUAUAAUUUGGGAACAGGAAAUUCAGAAUCCACCAAUAGUCCACAGUCGGUUGACUUCUUUCGCAAGGAACACAUAUCAAUUGAUAAUGUUGCCCUCGGUGCUUACCACAGUUUAUUUUUGGAUAAAAAAGGAAUACUUUACUCGGUGGGUCAUGGAGAGGGCGGACGUUUAGGAGUUGGAGGUGAGCAUAGUCUAGCUACCCCUAAAAAGGUGAAGAUUCCAAAAAAGAGCUAUGGGGAACAUAUAAUAUGUAUAAGCGCAUCUCGAAAGCAUUCAUUAUUGCUAACAGAUAAUUCUGCCGUAUUUGCUUGUGGCUUAAAUGAGGAUAAACAAUUGGGAGUACGAGAUGCAGGCGAUAAAUUAGCAGUUUUUCGAGAAGUAGUAACAUUACGGGACUUAAAUGUAUCUGGUCUGUUGCGUGUAAUUGCCAGAGAUUUUCACUCAGUCGCCUACUCAGAACAAUGUAUUUAUACAUGGGGCGCAAAUCACGGCCAAAUGGGUAUAGACGCUGAUGUGAAAACUGUACCCUUACCAAAACAAAUGAAAUUACCAUCAAAAACUAAUAUUGAUUUUGUCGAAGCGAAUAAUUCAGCAACUGUGGUUUACACCAAGGAUACGAAUAUUUUAUUAUAUUUCAAAUGCAAAAUGCGUACAAUUAAACCGCCGAAUUUCGAAGCCUUGAAAAGCAUUUCCGUUGUUGGUGGCGACGUCGUUAAGUCUGGUAAAGGUACUGCCACAGCUUUGAAACUGCUUAUGCUUACGCAAACAAAUGUUAUAUUUCUUUGGUAUGAAAUGACUCAGCAAUUUUACAGAUGUAGUUUUUCGCAAAUACGAAUCUCGCAAAUCGACAAAAUCUUUUACAAAGCCAAUCAAGUGUUCAUAUUAUCGCAAGGCGAUGUAUAUAAAGGCAAAUGCCAGCAAGUGCCAAUACCGACUUACAUGACUAAUGCCGAUACACAAAAGCAUCCCUCAUCAACGGCUAAUAUAUGGAGCAGUUGUGAUCAGAAUCGAACAGAAAUUUGUAAAGAGCACAUGAUACGCAUUGAGCUGCAGCGCUAUCCAAGUGUUGAUCGAGCCGUCGAUAUAUUCUGUGAUGAUGAUUUCACAUCGUUUGCUAUUUUACAGGAAUCACAUUUGAAAUAUUUCAAAUUACCCACUUUAACACAUGAAGAAUACAGUUUCAAAAAAUUGUACAAUGAAGUGGACGAAUUCGAUGCUGUGCAUGACGUAGUGUUUCAUGUGGAUAGUGAAACGUAUGCUGCUCAUAAAUUUAUUGUGUACGCUCGUGCGCCUGGUUUGCGUGAUAUACUUCAGUCUUAUGAAGAUGAACACAUCUACUUAAAUUUCAAACUAAUGACUGGCAAGAUGUUCGAAUUGAUGCUCAAGCAUAUCUACACAAACCAAUUUCCAAAUGAAGAUGACCUAGACAAUAUUCAACACAGCUUAGGUCCGGACUGUCCAACUGAACGUAUCGAUAUUUGCAAGUUGUUCUUGCAAUUCGUUGAGAAAUUCAAAAUACAAAGUUUGACAAAUUUUUUGCAAAGUUUUAUACAGAAGUCUCCAUUCUAUUUACCGCAAAUAGCGGAUAAAUCAAAAUAUCGUUUCAAUCGCCUUUACCAUGGUGAUUUUCCAGAACUGUAUGAUGUGCGCAUCAUUUGCGGCGGCGACGUUGUCCUACCAGCGCACAAAUGCAUUCUAGUUGCCCGCCUUGAAUACUUCAACAUGAUGUUCACACACACAUGGGCUGAGCAGAGCACAGUCAAUUUGAGCACUAUACCACCGGAGUAUAUGCGCCCUAUCAUAGAGUUCUUGUACAGUUCGGACGUGGAGAACUUUCGCAAGCAGAACUUCUCCGAAACAUUUUUAUUCAAUAUGAUUGUGUACUGUGAUCAAUUCUUCAUAGAAAGUUUGCGCAAGGUGUGCGAAGCAUUAAUAUUGGACAAGAUAGCCAUACGAAAAUGUGGAGAAUUUUUGGAUUUUGCGUGCAUGUAUAAUUGUGAAAUUUUGAAGGAGGGCUGUUUGGAGUUCAUUUGCCAGAAUUUAGCACGAGUAUUGAACUAUAAAAGUUUGGAUGUGUGUGAACCCGAUGCGCUUAAGAAUAUAAAUGAACAUUAUCGGAAAAUGUUUAAGGAGGUAUUUGACUAUCGUAUGAUAACGCCAGAUUCGGAUGCUGUGGAUGAUGAAUUGUUAUUGAGUUUUGUGGACGAUUUUCGAAUCGAUCUAACAUAUCGUAUGGAUGAAGAUGAAGAAGCUUUAAACAAAUUGGGCAAACAAAAGUCGAAGGAAAGCAAAAAUAACAUGAAUGCUAAGCGUCAAUAUGAACUUGAUGCUAUAUCCUCAAUGCUGGAGACAAUAAAUGUGAAUGAAAAAAAUAUGAAAGUAGCACAAGAAACCCAAUCCAAGGUGACAAAAGAGGUUUCAGAGGUUGCGGAAAAACUACAAGCCGAAGCACGAACAUGGAUGAAGGUGGCUGAUAAAAAGGAUCAAAAGAAACGUCAACCAGUCGAGCAUUCACCUAAACUUAAUGAGAUUUUGAAAACGGAAGAGACACCAAAAGUUGAGUACGUUUCGCUAACAAAAAUGAAUGGCGAGAGUGCUGCUGCAAAAACUCCUGAAAAAUCUUUAAGCGAGGACCUGCCUAAAGUGACACCUAAUAAGGGGUACAGCUUAAAUUUGGCUGACUUUACAACGCCACCGUCGCGUGAAAAGCUCUCGCAGAAACAACGCAAGCGACUCUCUUCGGAAUCAACUACUUCAUGGCGUGCGUCGACAGUGCAGGAGAGCAAACCAGUUAACGUACCAGUACCACCGCCAAAUGCUUGGGGUGUUGUCGCACAGGCUUCCCCGAGCGCAUACUCACUUUCCCCGCCCACAGGCAGUAUUGCCGAUCCGAGCUCAUUUGCGAAUAUGAUGCGAGGUGCUGCCAGCACUGCGAGCAGCAAUCCGAGUAAUGCUGACAAUAGUUUUUCACGAAUUUUAGCCGAUGAACGAAAGCAACGCGAUUACUAUGAGCGCAUGCGCAACAAAUCGCUGGUACUGACGCAAAUAGAAGAGCAGGCAAUAGCUGAGUUACGUGAAUUUUACAAUGUUGACAAUGUAACGGAUGAGGAAAUAACGAUCGAAAGAAAGUCACUGCCUUCAACCAUGAAUUUCGCCGUCUGGCAACGCCAUUAAAUCUGCAAAGGAACAUAGAAAUUUGCCGAAGAAUGCCGUAAACAUUUACAUUUACAUAAUUAUAUAUGUAUGUAUGUAUGUGUUGGUUAGUUGAAUUUUUAUUAGCUUUGCUAUUGAAGCUAUACAUAUCUUUAGUUUUAUUUAAUUUAAAUGAAUUACGGACAAACCGAGUUUUAUAUUUACAUAGUUUAUAAAUAUUUCAUCAAAGGUUUUUAAGUUAAAUAUUUUUUAAGCAUACAUCAAAUUCUUAAACAGACAACAAUAUACCGUUAUGAGGCAUUUAAGGCUAAGCUUUACAAUAAAGUUUAUUUUAAAACCAAACCCAGCUUAGUUGUUAAAAAAAUAACAAAAAGCUUUUAAUAAUAAUAAGAAA